AGAUGCGACGCAGUCCUGUGCAGAUGGUGUUAAAAUGUGAAUUUGUGCGAAAAUAUAAAAUGCAAAUCAUCUGUGUAAACUAGCAAGAGGAAGAUCCUGCAGUAUAAAUAGGGCUGCCUAUCGAAGCUGGGCCUCAGUUAAAGCUGCGGGGCGGCCCUUUGCAGACGGUCCUAAAAUGCGAUUUUACUUGUGCUUGUGUUAAAAUAUAAAGUGCAGAUCAUGUGUGUAAGCUCGCAAGAAGAGCUAGCAGUAUAAAUAAGGCUGCAUAUAAAAGCCGGGCCUCAGUUGAGGCUGCGCCGCCGACCAGUGCAGAUGGUGUUAAAGUGUGAAUUUGUAUAAAAAUGUAAAGUGCAGAUCAUGUAUGAAAGCUAGCAAGAAGAGCCACCAGUAUAAAUAAGGCUGCACAUAGAAGCUGGGCCUCAAUUGAGGCUGCGCAGCCGCCCAGUGCAGAGUGUGUAAAAAUGUGGAUUUGAGUGAAAAUGUAAAAUGCAGAUCAUGUAUGAAAGCUAGCAAGAAGAAGAGCAAGCAGUAUAAAUAAGGCUGCACAUAAAACCUGGCCCUCAGUUGAGGCAGCGCAGCCGCCCAGUGCAGAUGGUGUAAAAAUGUGGAUUUGAGUGAAAAUGUAAAAUGCAGAUCAUGUAUGAAAGAUAGCAAGAAGUGCAAGCAGUAUAAAUAAGGCUGCACAUAAAAGCUGGGCCGCAGUUGAGGCUCCGCAGCCGCCCAGUGCAGAUGGUGUAAAAAUGUGGAUUUGAGUGAAAAUGUAAAAUGCAGAUCAUGUAGGAAAGCUAGCAAGAAGAAGAGCAAGCAGUAUAAAUAAGGCUGCACAUAAAAGCUGGGCUGCAGUUGAGGCUGCGCAGCCGCCCAGUGCAGAGUGUGUAAAAAUGUGGAUUUGAGUGAAAAUGUAAAAUGCAGAUCAUGUAUGAAAGCUAGCAAGAAGAAGAGCCACCAGUAUAAAUAAGGCUGCACAUAGAAGCUGGGCCUCAGUUGAGGCUGCGCAGCCGCCCAGUGCAGAGUGUGUAAAAUGUGGAUUUGAGUGAAAAUGUAAAAUGCAGAUCAUGUAUGAAAGCUAGCAAGAAGAAGAGCAAGCAGUAUAAAUAAGGCUGCACAUAAAACCUGGGCCUCAGUUGAGGCUGUGCAGCCGCCCAGUGCAGAUGGUGUAAAAAUGUCGAUUUGAGUGAAAAUGUAAAAUGCAGGUCAUGUAUGAAAGAUAGCAAGAAGUGCAAGCAGUAUAAAUAAGGCUGCACAUAAAAGCUGGGCCGCAGUUGAGGCUGCGCAGCCGCCCAGUGCAGAUGGUGUAAAAAUGUGGAUUUGAGUGAAAAUGUAAAAUGCAGAUCAUGUAGGAAAGCUAGCAAGAAGAAGAGCAAGCAGUAUAAAUAAGGCUGCACAUAAAAGCUGGGCUGCAGUUGAGGCUGCGCAGCCGCCCAGUGCAGAUGGUGUAAAAAUGUGAAUUUGUAUGAAAAUGUAAAAUGCAGAUCAUGUAUCAAAGCUAGCAAGAAGAAGAGCAAGCAGUAUAAAUAAGGCUGCACAUAAAAGCUGGGCGUCAGUUGAGGCUGCGCCGCCGGCCAGUGUAGAUGGUGUUAAAAUGUAAAAUUGUGUGUGUGUUAAAAUAUCAAAUGCUUAACAUGUAAACUAGCAAGAGGAAGAGCCUGCAGUAUAAAUAAGGCUAAAGCUGUGAGACAGCCCUAUGCAGAUGGUGUUAAUUUUAAUUUUUUAUUUAUUUUUUAAAUUUUUUUUUCUUGUGCUUGAAUAAAAUAUGAUAUGCAGAUCAUGUGUGUUAAAUCAUAAGGGAAAGACCCAGCAGUAUAAUUAAAGCUUGCUUGUGUUUUUGUAGACAAUUUUGUAAGCUGAAGGAUAAAAACAGCAUGAAUUUAUUUGGGCACGGAAAUGCCGCUUCAGUCGGACUUGCAGGGAAUAUAUGAUCGGCAAUAGUUUAUGAUGAUGCACAACAUUUUACGGUCGGAACUAAGGAACAAGCCUCUAUUGCAUAUCGUAAGUCCUGAAAAUCUUACAAAAUAAGCUGUUUUAGUCUUACUACCGUGUGCGUUGAGAAGUUUUUUGCACUUGCACACAUGCGGUCACAUUGCUAACUUACUUCAACGUGUUAGAAUGGGUGGAAAAACGAAACAAGCGCCUCGCACCAAAAACAAUGCAAAGCCAUCGAGCAGCAGCCGCUCCGCGGAACUGCUGGGCACUACAACGCCCAUUUUUGUUGGCUUCUCGGCUCAAGCCGAUGGCAACUUGGUGCCCUUUGCUCCUGGCUUUGCCAGCGCCGAACAAAUGCCAGAGACAUUCGAUGCCAGCAUCAGCCCUCAGACACAAAUAAUACUGCGCAAGCUAUCCAAAAAGGAUCCAAUGACAAAGAAAAAGGCGCUCCAGGAGUUGCACGAAUACAUAACAGAAUCCGAUUUGGAUGCACUCAAAAACAUUUUGCCACUGUGGCCAAAAUUUUAUCAUAAUCUGGCCAACGACGUUGAGCACUCGGUGCGUGAACAAACGCAGCUGGUGCUGCAGCUGCUUGUCUCCAAAUGCAAGCGCGCCAUGGCGCCGUAUCUCAAGCAACUGGUGCCCGUUUGGCUGGCCAGUCGAUAUGACAGCUAUGCGCCCGCAGCAAGCAUUGCUAGCAAUUCUUUUCGGGAGACUUUUGCACGCACUGGCGAGGUCUGCCUGCAUUGUCAGAGUGAAAUAAUUGAGUAUUGCACGCGGAAUUUGACCUUCCACACGCCUGCGACGCUUUCCAUAGGCAAAAGUCUAAAACCGGAGGAAGCAGAGCAAAAGUAUCAGCGUGUCGUCAUUGGCAGCUUUAAAGUCUUGUCAUUUUUCAUCGAGCAAACGUCGCAGGCGGAGGAUCAAGAGCAGCUAAAGCAGGGAUUGACAACGCUGCUAGCGCAUCAUAAGUUCUGGACCUUUGCCAAGCACAAGCUGUCGGCCAUAAAAGCCGCUUGGUUUGACUGUAUCUAUCAUGUGCUACAAUGCCCCAAUCUGCUGGAAGUGCUUAUACCCCAAAAAUCGCAACUAAUUACAACCAGUUUUCAAUUCAUCGACGACGCUGAUCCUCUGGUGGCUCCCCACGUUUGGGGCUGCGUGCUGCUGCUGCAAAACAACUAUGAGGAUUGGUAUUCUCCGCUCAAUAUUCGCAAGGCACUGCUGCCGAAACUCUCAUCACUGCUGCGCAAUGCCUUCAAUCGAAAUGCUCAUGCCAUUUGUCCGAAUCUGCUCCCGUUCCUGUCCAAAAUUACUCAGGCCAGCUUGCAAGACUUGGAUAUUUAUGAGUUCUAUCAGCGCUUUUUCGAUGAUCUAAAAGCUGCCAUCGUGGGUCCGCAUGAGCCACCACUAUCCAAAUCGGACACCUCGAUCAUGCACAAUGCGUACUUUGAAUGUUUGCGCUUUAUACUGCAACAGGUCAACAACAAUCCGCAGCGUACUGAUGCAAUAGAGGAGUUCGGCUUGCAGCUCCUGGAACAGCAGCUAUUGGAGCCAAUUGGGAACCUGCUGCGUAGUGAGAGUACCCAUGUCAAGUACUUUUUCCAACAAGCCUCAGCAUUGGUUGCUUUCUGGGAUCGUGAGUGCAAUAAUGUUGUCGACAAAAGCUCCUGCUCCUUGUAUGUUAAAUUACUGAACAAGUUCUGGACGCGCAUCUUUGAGCUGGUCACACAAGAUCUUGGAUUGGAAGAUGUCAAUGAGCAGCUGCUGUCCCAUGUGCUGCUGCUGGUGCAGGAUCUGCAUGUGGCAAAUCCCAGCUUGGAAACGCAGUGCGUCAAGUUCGUGGAGGCAGACGAGGAAAUCAAUCUUGGCACGGCUUCGCAACAAUCAACGCCCACCAGAAAAGUGCACGACGCAGCCGCCUUCAUACAAAAAGAGCUCAAACAGCUUGUGGUAAAAUUGGUACGCAUUUGCCUGGACAAAGCGAGCAGCAGCAGCAACUCCGCUCGGUUCAUAAGUCAGGUGCGCACGCUGACUAAAAUGUUCACAGAUGCCGAAUUCUACAAAAGUCUGACAGAUCAAGGUGAACUGCGUGCAACGCUGGAUAAAUUUGUGACGCUUUUGGGAAAAUUAAAUGACGAUGCCAGCGAGUCGGUGGUAGAAAUACUCUUUGAGAUUCUUUCCCUGCUAGAGCCGGAGCCGCGCUUUGAGUACAUUGCUGACACGCUAUUGAAGAUAAAACAACAACGCGUACAAAAUCUUUUGCUGCACCGUCUGCUCUCGUAUCCGCUGUGCACAGAGCCUGCCGUGCGCCAAAUGCUCGCCAGCCCAGACACCUGUACUAUUAUCACACGCAUUGCCGAGGAAGUUGUUGUGGAUAACAAUCGCGAUAAAUUGAACUUGUUGCAUAAAUGCUUCUUUCAAACGGACACGGGUGAUAUUCUUAUUAAUACGGCGACCGUCGAUAAAAUACUGCUAGCCAUGUGUGUGCCGCUAGAGGAAACAACAGCCAGCGAUAUGGUUGAGGUGUGUGGCAGUUUUAUAGCACAGAUAAUGCCCGUCAUAUGCAGCAAGGAGAACUCUUCGCUGGCAGUGCGACAGCAGGUCUUUUUAAGGUUGUACAAGUUUAGCUUAGAGCAACCAGCUAGCGACUAUCUGUCGGAGGAUACGCUGUGGGAGAUAACUACCUGCUGGCAGGAUGCGCUCUCCAGCAAAGACAUUGAAAUCAACGAUGAGCUUCUGAAAAGUUGUGCACUAAUUGUGGAGGAACUGGCCCUGAAUACUGAGCUGAACGCCAGCAGCCUGGAUGGCAUGGCUGAGGCUAUGGCCAAAUUUGUCAUUUGCUCUACGGAGAACAUUGCAGAUGAGGUCGAGCGUUUAUCGCGCAUUGACGAGACUAUGGUGGCGCUGCUAAGCUCUGAAGUGAAAACAGCUGACAGUGUGUUGCAAUUCGAGCAGCAUUGUGUGUACCUGGAUACGCUGUACUCUUCGAAAAGCGCUGGUGUACCGUUCGAAAGUGCAGCCUUUGACGAACUUAAAAUUCUGCCGCUGCUAAGACGCGCGGCUUUGAAUUUUGCCACAAUCUGCAAGCUGGUUUGCCGUGUUGAUAAUCCGCAGCUACCGCAACAGUCCAACGAAGGCGAAGAUGAGCUAACCGAAGACUACUGUGAUCCCAAUGCCAAUCUGCUCAAGCAGUGGAGCGAGUGCUUAAUUUUGGAGGUACUGCAGUGCAUGCAGGUGGCUGGUGCUGCAGAUGCCUGGCUGGAGGUCAGCUUUAAAGUGGAUGGAGCUUGUGAAGAGCUGGCGCUGAGUCUAUCCGAACAGGUGCGCAGCUUCAUGGGCAACAGCAGUGAGUUGGUGGGCAUCAUUAAGCAGCGGCUGGAACAGGCAGCUUUAAAACAAAAUAGCGUCAUAAGCUGUCGCCUGUUGGGUUAUCUGAUUUACACAGACCAAUAUGCGCCCUUUGAGGAAAACGCCGCAAUUCUACUGCAUGAGGCUCUUGGCGAGAUGCUUUUAUCGCAAGGCGCGGUCAAUGCAUAUGUGAUGACACUGCAGCACUUGCUUCCGAAACUCUCGCAACGGUCACUUAACUGGAAUAGCGCCGUCAUGCGCACGGAACCUACUGAUUGGUGGACGAAGGCAGCAGUCUAUCGUUGUUUACUACUCAAUAACUUUCAAUCUGAUCAAAAUCAGAAAACGGAUCGAAACUUUAUUACUUCGGCAUUGCAGUUCCUAACCCGCGUUGGUGAACAGCAAAAUGCGAAAAAAGAGCUGCUGCAUUAUAAUGUGGAGUUAAUAAAUCAACCAUAUGAAGAAGUGCUAAAUACCGUGGAAAUAAUUAAGCUGCUAAAUGAAAUCUUGCAACGCUUUCCCCAUGAACUAAACAUUAAGAACUGGGAUACGAUAAGCAUUGGUCUUGGCUCUUGGAUGCUCACUGUUUCCAAGUCUAUAGUGUAUUACAGCGAUCCAAAGACUUCGUUUUUCGUUGUGGCUGUGUUUCAACUGUUCGCUUCGCUCAAUAGUUUCAUACGCUCGGAGAAGCAAAAGAGCUCAACGGAGCUACUUAAGAAUGUGAUCGAUGAGUGGGAGAGCCUCUUUGCCAGGAUGGUCAAUGUGGUGCUCUUUAAAUCAUAUUAUAAACUCACUCAUGAGGCAGGUGUGCAACCAGAAUUUCGCGUGUGCUACGAGGCUUUGAUGGAGAGUCUAAUGCCCGCGCUCGAAGUGCUGGACUACAGCUUUAUUUACGGGUUCUGUAAAGUGCCAAACUCAAAGUUAUCCCUGGAUCAUUUAUGCAAUUUUCUGCUCAAACAGCUUCACAGCUCACAGCAUUGCGUGCGUCUGAAUGCAGUUCAUGCUCUGCGCCAGUUAACGCCCCAGUUUGUGGCCGACGACAUUGCGCUGAAUGAAAAAGAAAGCGAAGAUAUUGAAGCUGCCUCUUCAACGAUCGCUAAGUGGCACUUUCUCAAUCGAUUUGAGGAUUAUUUGAAUCGCUAUGAUUCGCUCAUACGUAAGUAUUUGGAUGAGUUCAGUUUUAAGGUCACCGAACUAGAGGAUUUAGAGCCAAUCGAGAGACACGAUGCCUUUAGCUAUUUGCUAUUAUGGGACUGUAUUAUAAAUACCUGCGCCAAGUCACCAGUUGCAUUGCGCUCUGUCUACACCAGCUGGCUGAACGAGAAUCAUUAUGAGGAGAAUUUUCUACACUUUCUCUUUCGCGCGAUGCCGGUGGAUAUAUUGAAAAAUCAUAGCGCCAAGGUGCAUAGCAAUGGUGUCUACAAGGAGCUUAGCUGGUCUCAACUGAAGGAUCCUCAACUCCCACUGGAGCGGUAUGCAUGCCAUCUGUAUACGGAGGUGUUGCGCAAGUUGCCAGCCGUGGUGCGCAAAUGGUGGAACACCAGCCCGUCCAGGCAGAAGAACUUUGUGGACAAUCUGACGACCAAUUACGUUAGCGCACUGAUAUGCAGCGAGGAGCUGAAGGCAAUCGUCAAUCGCAAGGAAAAACAUGAAAAUAUGCAGGUGACAGUCCACACAUCCACUCGAGAGGUUUUGGCCGUCUAUGCCAUUGAUGAAGCACGCAUGGAGCUCGUCAUUACCCUGGCGCCCAAUUAUCCGCUUGGCGCUGUUAAAGUUGAAUGCGGCAAGCAAAUUGGCGGACGCGCCACCUCACGUAACGUUGGCAUGCAGCUGACCAUCUUUUUGACUCAUCAGAAUGGCACCAUUAAUGACGGUCUUACGCUGUGGAAAAACAAUCUGGAUAAGAAAUUUGAGGGCGUGGAGGAAUGUUAUGUUUGUUAUACGGUUAUACACCAGGACACCUGCCAGUUACCUAAAUUGACGUGCAAGACAUGCAAAAAGAAAUUCCACGGGCCGUGUUUGUACAAAUGGUUCACGACGAGCAGCAAAUCCACCUGUCCAAUUUGCCGCAAUGUCUUCUGAAAAAUCUACUUCAUUGCUUUAGUUUGGCGGCACGUAUUAAUCUAGGCACAAAAAAAGCUUUGCCGAUAGUCAAUAGUUUAAAUUUUUGGGCCCUACCUGUAAAUCAGUGCAUAAUAACAAUAAAUUCGCAAUAGGUUUAAAUCAUUAGAUUAUUAUUAAAAAAAAAAAAAUGUUUUGUUAAUUGAGUUCUAUGUAAGUAACGUAAUGCUUUAACAAAUAUUAUGACUGAUGCCAAUUCUUAAAGAUUUCUAAAAAUUGGGCACAGACAAAUGUGGCAUAAAAAUCAGAAAAAAACCUAGUAGCCAACAAAACAUAUUCUCAGCAGGCGUUCCUUUCAAAUAUCAUAUUCAAUCAUAUUAUUCUCGACACUUGACACGUUCAGAGCAAAAACCGAACGGAACUGUAUACAUUUCUUCAAAAAAUUUGUGUGAUAAUUUUACAAUAAUCAUGGCAAAGCAGAUGAAGAUCAUCGGCAAUUGUCCAUUUUGCCAACGUGAGGUGGGCAGUGAUAUGCGUCCCAUUAACCAGCUCAAUAUGGACCACAUCAACAUUCUGGCCAACGAGUUAAAGGAUAUACAGCCAUCAGAAUCGAGUGUUAGCAAAGUGAGUACUCAUAAAUUGGGUGAUCCAAAGGAUACAAAUUCAGCAAUUGAAUCAACUGAAAAGGAAAACGAAUCUAUUGCCGCGAUAACUGACACUAUGUUGAAAAUGGUGACGGAACAGUUCGAGCGCCUCCCGGACUCUGAGAAUCACAUUCCUGAGGAUCAUGCAGAGCUCAUUCUGGCUAUGCUGUCGGAGGAACAACAUACAUACGAUAAGUUUUUGAACAAAAAAACUUCUGUGAAUCCAAAACCACCGGUUAAGCGCAAUAAAUAGCAUGUUUCCAAGUGCCUACUCAACAUUUGAACUAAGCCAAAAUGUGUCUGAUCCCAUUUUUCCAUCGUUGAGGGGCCAUAUUGAAUACUUUGCGAUAGUCGGUUUUUAUCAUUUUAAAACAAUAUAACGUUUUUCAACAUAAUAAAUUGCAGUCACAAUAAA